CGCCAUGGCCGAGAGAAAGCAAUCUGGGAAGGCAGCAGAGGACGAAGAGGUCCCUGCCUUUUUUAAAAACCUGGGCUCGGGCAGCCCCAAGCCCCGGCAGAAAUUCUGUGGCAUGUUCUGCCCGGUGGAAGGAUCUUCAGAGAACAAGACCAUCGACUUCGACUCGUUGUCGGUGGGCCGGGGCUCCGGGCAGGUGGUGGCUCAGCAGCGGGACGUCGCCCACCUGGGCCCCGACCCGCAGACGCCCUACUCGCGGCAGGGCCGGCGUGCAGGUGGGGAGCCAUCUGUUGAAUCGGGCCGGAAGGUGGAGAUCCGGCGGGCCUCCGGCAAGGAAGCCCUGCAGAACAUCUACGACCAGAGUGAUCGUCUUUUGAUCAAAGGAGGUAAAAUUGUUAAUGAUGACCAGUCCUUCUAUGCAGACAUAUAUAUGGAAGAUGGGUUGAUCAAGCAAAUAGGGGAAAACCUGAUUGUUCCUGGAGGGGUGAAGACCAUUGAAGCCCAUUCCAGGAUGGUGAUUCCCGGAGGGAUUGAUGUCCACACCCGCUUCCAGAUGCCUGACCAGGGGAUGACCUCAGCUGAUGACUUCUUCCAAGGCACCAAGGCAGCCCUCGCUGGGGGAACCACCAUGAUCAUUGACCAUGUCAUUCCUGAGCCUGGGACAAGCCUGCUGGCUGCCUUCGACCAGUGGAGGGAAUGGGCUGACAGCAAGUCCUGCUGCGACUACUCCCUGCAUGUGGACAUCACCGAGUGGCAUAAGGGCAUCCAAGAAGAGAUGGAGGCCCUGGUGAAGGACCAUGGGGUGAAUUCCUUCCUGGUGUACAUGGCUUUCAAGGAUCGCUUCCAGCUAACGGAUUCCCAGAUUUACGAAGUGCUGAGUGUGAUCCGGGAUAUUGGUGCCAUCGCCCAAGUCCAUGCAGAAAAUGGUGACAUCAUCGCAGAGGAGCAGCAGCGGAUCCUAGACCUGGGCAUCACGGGCCCUGAGGGACAUGUGCUGAGCCGGCCUGAGGAGGUCGAGGCUGAAGCCGUGAACCGCUCCAUCACCAUCGCCAACCAGACCAACUGCCCCCUGUACAUCACCAAGGUGAUGAGCAAGAGUGCUGCCGAGGUCAUCGCGCAGGCCCGGAAAAAGGGAACUGUGGUUUACGGUGAACCCAUCACAGCUAGCUUGGGAACCGACGGCUCCCACUACUGGAGCAAGAACUGGGCCAAGGCCGCAGCUUUUGUCACCUCCCCACCCCUGAGCCCCGACCCAACCACUCCGGAUUUUCUGAACUCCUUGUUGUCCUGUGGGGAUCUCCAGGUCACAGGCAGUGCCCACUGCACUUUUAACACUGCCCAGAAGGCUGUAGGAAAGGAUAACUUCACGCUGAUCCCUGAGGGCACCAAUGGCACUGAGGAGCGGAUGUCUGUCAUCUGGGAUAAGGCUGUGGUCACUGGAAAGAUGGAUGAGAACCAGUUUGUAGCUGUGACCAGUACCAAUGCAGCCAAAGUCUUCAACCUUUACCCCCGGAAAGGCCGCAUUGCUGUGGGAUCCGAUGCUGAUCUGGUCAUCUGGGACCCGGACAGUGUUAAAACCAUCUCGGCCAAGACCCACAACAGUGCUCUGGAGUACAAUAUCUUUGAAGGCAUGGAGUGCCGUGGCUCUCCGCUGGUGGUCAUCAGCCAGGGGAAGAUUGUCCUGGAGGAUGGCACCCUUCAUGUCACUGAGGGUUCUGGACGCUACAUCCCUCGGAAGCCCUUCCCUGACUUUGUUUACAAGCGGAUCAAGGCCAGGAGCAGGCUGGCGGAGCUGAGAGGGGUUCCUCGUGGCCUGUAUGAUGGACCCGUGUGUGAGGUAUCUGUGACACCCAAGACAGUUACGCCAGCCUCCUCGGCCAAGACGUCCCCUGCGAAGCAGCAGGCCCCACCUGUCCGAAACCUGCACCAGUCUGGAUUCAGCUUGUCUGGUGCUCAGAUCGAUGACAACAUUCCCCGCCGCACCACCCAGCGCAUCGUGGCUCCCCCUGGUGGCCGUGCCAACAUCACUAGCCUGGGCUAGAGUUUUGGGAUGCAGUCCAUUGGGGAUGUGGGAUGGGACACCUGAGGACAUUCUGAGACUUCCUUCCUUCCUUUUUUUUUUUUAAGAGCCUGUGAUAGUUACUGUGGGGCAGCCAGUUCAUAGGGCUCCCUCUGGGAACCCCAUACUCCAUCCCUCACCUGGAGUCACUGAUUUUGCUCACCUUUACACAUCUCUAAAUAUCACACCCAAGUUAAUCCAGCAACCCCAUACAUGGAACCACAUCCACCACUCAGACAUGUGACACAAGGCAAAUCCCAAUGAAGGUGUUUUUCACCUCCAGCCUCUGUUGUAUUUAUCAUGUUCCUUCUCAUGGUGGGUGGGUGGGUGGUGGUGGUGGUGGGGAGAGAGAAGAUAAAGUGAAUUGCCCAGAGCUGCCUUUUUCUUUUUAAAUUUUUACAAAAGUUUUCUUUGUGGGGGUGGGAGUGGGUUGGAUGGGAAAGGAAUGAAGGUUUCUGUUUUGUUUUCCUAAUUCUAAAUUGGGAAGCCUGAUUCUAUAUCAAUAUAAGGGGUUUAAACUGGACAUCCUAAUGAUUCAAUUGUGUAACCGUCAGCUUGAUGUUUCAGGGUGGUUGGCAAGCUUACAAUAUUCCUCCUGCGAGGCUUCGAAGUAUUCACACACCAUUCCAUAGUCUUCUGGGUCAACUGUUUAGAAUAAAAAGCAGGUUUUCUUUUUGACCUAGAUUUUUUGCUGCAGAGUAAAUCUUUGGAAGAUUCUCCUUACUUUACCUCUUUUCUGUUACCCCCCCUCUCCCUCCCUCCCUCCCUCUCGUUCCCGGGUAGUUUCACAUGUCUGCCUUUUUGUGUUUCUUUUAGCCCUUGUCUCUGAGACACUAGGUUUCUCUCCUUCCCUAUUUUCUCUUCUCAGAUGACCACAUCUGCCAUUUUAUUGUCAUAAAGGCCAGCUGGAGGGAUUUGAGCUUUUUCACACAACCAUUAUCAGACACUCUCCGAGUCCGUGUAAGGCUGGUGCUACUGCCAUUUGAGAGUGUGUUCAUACAUGCUUGAUGUCAGGGCUGAGCUAACCCCUAUACUCUUGACAUGUGGCCAUAGAGUAGGACCUCCAACAGGGCCAAGGAGUUGAGGUCAUGAGAGUUUUUCCUUUGUGAAAUGCUAACUGCCUAAAGAUCGAUCAAGUCUGUACAUUCAGCCCUACACAUGAUUCAAGUGAGCCAGCUAACCUCAGGCCAGCUACUUGUGGGAGUCUGGUCUCCAAGGCUAAGUGUUAUCUGCUUGGUUAUCUGUGGGAUUCCGGAACGCACUGGGGCUUCUGUCCUUUGUGGGGGGAUAGAAAAGCAUUUUGUUCUCGUUGGGAUAUUUCUGAAGAUACAGUGGCGCAGCGUAUGGGAGCUCUUCUACACUUCGGAUAUCUUAGGGCAGGCAUUUUGACUUGAAGUCUAUUUUGCAUUGUCCAAGGAAACUUUGUUUUAUGAGAGGUGGCACAUUGGAGCUGUGGUGGGGAGAAAAACCUUACAAAUCAAAGGCAUGACACUUCCCAGCCUCCAGAGACAAUAGUUGACCUGUGUCUACAUCCCCUCUGCCUCCUUGUCUUGGUGACCCUUUUAUACCAGCUGCCUCUGUGCCCUUUGCUGGUCUGUGUGGCAUUUCCUUCCAAACCUGUUGCUACGUUCUCCCAAACAAUGUUACCAAUGUUAUGUCAGCAGGCUUUUAGAAAACCAAAUCUGCUUUGUAAAGUGUUAACACAAAAUGUCGGUCCUGGCAACAUCACACUUCUCUCUCCAGACCUUUCUUGCCUUUGGGGUUGUGAUUGGGGUUGUAUUUUUGUUGUUGUUGAUGUUUAUUUGUUAUUUUUAAAAGUAAAUUGCACUUUUAAAGAAUAAUUGGUUAUUUUAAUAUAUUUGACUUUUUUUUUUCUCUCUCACCUGCACUUAGAAGAAAUUUGAAUGAGUUGGAAAGAAAACUUUUUUUUUUUUUUUUUUUGGUUUGUUUGUUUCAAUUCUGAGAAACACUUGCAGCUCUUUAGUAUUCGCUUGGGUCUCCCUGUUGUUCUUGUACUAGGUCAUGGUGAUUUUGGUUAUUUUGAUUGUUUUCUUAAAACAACUUCAAACCUGAAGCUGUCUGCAGGCUGUGUCAGCAUGUUUUACCUGUUGGCUUGCUUUGUGUGUCUGUUAAAUGAAUGUCAUGUAAAUGCUAAAAUAAAUGGACAGUGUCUCAGAACUGAGUAACUGCAGUGACUUGAUGCUCUAAAAACAGUGUAGGAUUUAACAAUAGAUGGUUUUUAAUCCUUGGAAUUGUGAUUGUGACCCAUGAGUGGAGGAACUUCCAGUGUAGCAGAAGAGUACCUUUUUCUUUUCUUUUUCCUUCUUUCUUUCUUUCUUUCUUUUUUUUUUUUUGUAACCACUGUCUUAAUGGCAAAAUAAUUAUGGUAAACAAAAAAAAUACAAUUCUCGUGUUUAUUAUUCCUUCAGAACUCUGUGUAAUAUGACCAUGGAACACCUAAUAAAGCAAAAUGUGGUUGU